AUGGGAGCAGCAGUGAAAGAUCAGAUUCAUGUGCUUAUGUUUCCCUGGCUCGCACAAGGCCACAUCGGCCCUUUCUUCGAGCUUUCCAAAAGGCUUGCUAAUCAUGGAAUCAAAGUCACCUUCCUCUCCACCCCGCGUAAUAUUGCAAAAAUUAGGGCGUUAUUGUUAGACGAAUGUUGGAAGAUCGAUCUGGUGGAACUUCCAUUGCCGUCGGUGGAGGGGCUGCCGGCAGGUGUAGAAAGCACUGCCGAUGUACCCAAUGAAAUGGAAGCCGUCUUGAAGUCGGCGCUGGACGGCCUGGAGAAGCCAUUUGGGAAGCUCUUACAGUGUCUCUUACCUGAUUAUAUUGUCCACGACUUUUCACAGUACUGGGCUGCAACUGUUGCUGCCAAGUUUGGUAUUCCGGCAAUUUUCUUCCUCAUUUUUAACGCUGCGAUGUCUAGUUACGUGCUGCAUCCUAGCAGAGACAAGGAAGACGAAACCACCGUGGAGGACUUGAUCGUGGCGCCGCCUGAUUUCCCAUCUACUCAAGUUGCUUGGCGGCCCUUCGAAGCUCGGUAUAUUGCGCCUGUUUUCAAAGAGAGUAACGGACACAUCUCAGUCAUGCGGCGCGCCUUUAAAUCAGUCAAUGGAUGCUCCUUUAUAAUCAUCAGAUCGUGCUUAGAAAUGGAAGAAAAGUUUCUACUAUAUCUCGAGAGAGCCAUCGGAAAGGCCGUGGUUCCUGUGGGUCCUCUGCCACCUGAUCUUCCAAAGAACAACCUUUCGGAAAAUGAAUCGUUCUGUCUGAGAUGGUUGGACAAGCAGCCGGCUUCUUCUGUGGUGUAUGCAUCGUUUGGGAGUGAAUGCUUUCUGUCGAAAGAGCAGAUCGGUGCUCUGGCACGUGGUUUGGAGGGGACGGGCCUGCCGUUUCUUUGGGUGCUCCGCUUCCCUCGUUUUUCCAAGGAGGAAUGCAGCGUUUCGGGCUUACUACCCGCGGGCUUUGAGUCUCGAACGCGCGAUCGAGGGCUUGUUUACAGUGAGUGGGCCCCGCAGCUGCAGAUUCUUGCACACCCAUCGGUGGGUGUGUUUCUGAGCCACUCUGGGUGGAGCUCAGUGGUGGAAGCAGUGAAGUUGGGAGUGAAACUUGUUCUUCUGCCCAUGAAUGCGGACCAGGGUCUUAACGCCAGGCUUGUGGGAGACGAACUAAAGCUGGGUUUGGAAGUCGAAAGAGAAGAGGAUGGAAGUUUCACUAACGAUCAUAUUCGAACGGCCGUGCUUAAGGUCGUGAAGGAAGACUGUGAGGAGGGAACAAGUGUGAAAUCGAGAAUCAGUCAAAUGAGAGAAAGCAUAUUUGGCGACAGCGGAUGCGAAGAAAAAUACAUCAACCAGUUAAUCAAACGCCUCGAUUUUUCUCACCGAAAAAAUCGUUUCGUUUUAUGA